AUGUCAUCGCAAGACGCAGGAAUACCUACGCGCAGAUUCACUUAUCACGCCGCCGCAUCAUUCGCAAGCAAGCACAAGCGGCUCGACCCCAGCAGCAACGUUUUUCACUUCAACCCUUACAAUCGUAUUCAGCCUCAGGUCAAGCGGCCCAAGUCGAAACGCCCCGCGAGUGGACAAGAUGCCUUCUUCAUAGCCCGCGUCGGCGAUACGAAUGCGGUCGCCCUGGGCGUUGCUGACGGCGUUGGCGGAUGGGAGGAGAGCGGUGUAGAUCCCGCAGACUUCUCUCAUGGCUUCUGCGACUACAUGGCUUUGGCAGCUUACGAGAACAAGCCAUCAGCUGGCCCGACUCUCACCGCCAAGGGACUGAUGCAGAAAGGCUACGACGACGUGGUCAAUGACAAGAGUAUACACGCCGGUGGCAGCACAGCCUGCGUUGCCAUUGCAACCGAGGACGGCAAGCUCGAGGUCGCCAACCUGGGAGACUCCGGCUUCAUUCACCUGCGCCUGAACGCCGUUCAUCACUGCUCAGAGCCGCAAACGCAUGCCUUCAACACCCCUUAUCAACUAUCAGUAAUCCCGGCUAGUAUGUUGGCCCGGGCGGCGGCUUUUGGCGGUGCCCAACUUUGCGACCAUCCCAAGGACGCCGACAUCACCACCCAUAACCUCAAGCAUGGUGAUAUCCUAAUAUUUGCGAGCGACGGAGUAUGGGACAACGUGUUCAAUCAGGACAUACUGAAGCUUACCAGCCGCCUGAUGACCAGCAGCGGCGCCUGGAAAACUUCAGAUGGUGGGAUUCGUGUCGCCGACGACCUCACUCCUUUAACACAAGCCGAGGACUCAUCACAAAGACCUGCAACGCUCCAAGCCGCCAUUGCCGUCGAUAUUGCACUCACCGCCAAGGCUUUGAGUCUCAACCAGCGCAUCGACGGGCCUUUUGCCAAGGAAGUGCACAAGUAUUAUCCCCAGGAAAACUGGCAUGGCGGCAAGGUCGAUGAUAUAUGCGUCAUUGCUGUUGUUGUGUCUGAAGAAGGAAAGGCAGCGCCGAUCAAGGCCAAACUAUGA